AUGGCCGCGGGCGUACGGAAACGCGCCCGGGCGGGACCCCCACCCCGGGUGGCGGGACUCUGCGAGCAGUGGUUGCGGCGCGCCUGGCAAGAGCGGCGUCUACUGCUGCUGGAGCCGCGUUACACGCUGCUGGUGGCUGCCUGCCUCUGCCUGGCGGAGGUGGGCAUCACCUUCUGGGUCAUUCACAGGGUGGCAUAUACAGAGAUUGACUGGAAGGCCUACAUGGCUGAGGUGGAGGGCGUCAUCAACGGCACCUAUGACUACACCCAACUGCAGGGUGACACUGGACCUCUUGUAUACCCAGCCGGCUUCGUGUACAUCUUUAUGGGGCUGUACUAUGUCACCGGCCAUGGCACGGACAUCCGCAUGGCCCAGCAUAUCUUUGCCGUGCUCUACCUGGCCACCUUGCUGCUUGUCUUUUUGAUCUACCACCAGACCUGCAAGGUGCCUCCCUUCGUCUUUUUCUUCAUGUGCUGUGCCUCUUACCGUGUCCACUCCAUCUUCGUGCUGCGGCUCUUCAAUGACCCGGUGGCCAUGGCGCUGCUUUUCCUCAGUAUCAACCUGUUCCUGGCCCGGCGCUGGGGCUGGGGUUGCUGCUGUUUCAGCCUGGCAGUCUCUGUGAAGAUGAAUGUGCUUCUCUUUGCCCCUGGAUUACUAUUCCUUCUCCUCACACAAUUUGGCCUCCGUGGGACCCUCCCCAAGCUGGGCAUCUGUGCUGUCCUACAGGUGGUGCUGGGGCUGCCCUUCCUGCUGGAGAACCCCGUCGGGUACCUGUCCCGCUCCUUUGACCUUGGCCGCCAGUUUCUCUUCCGUUGGACAGUGAACUGGCGCUUCCUCCCCGAGAGCCUCUUCCUGCAUCGCGCCUUCCACCUGGCACUGCUGGCCACCCACCUCGCCCUGCUCCUGCUCUUCGUUCUCUGCAGGUGGCACAGGACGGGGGAAAGUAUUCUGUCGCUGCUGAAGGAUCCCUCCAAAAGGAAGGUUCCACCUCAACCCCUCACACCCAAUCAUAUCCUUUAA